AUGGACUUAGUGCUGCAAUCAGGUUUCACAAAUACCCAUAUAGAAAUGAAGAGAAGCGAUAUCCUCAAAGAAGAAGAACAUGAACAAGAAGACUAUACCACGAAGAAAAACCCUAGCUCUCGAGGCCUUCAUGAAGAAGAAGAUGCUGAUGAUGAAGAAGAAGAAGAAGAAAAAGAUGCCCAAUUAGAAAACACUGAUCAUCACUCAGCAAGUACUAGUAUACCCAAAAAUGGAUCAACUUCAAGCAACAGCACAGUAGAUGAGAGCGAUAAGAAGUCUAACUCAACCACCGGUUAUGUGCGACCCUAUGUUCGUUCCAAGAACCCUAGGCUCCGGUGGACACCCGAACUCCAUCUCCGAUUUAUUCAUGCAGUCGAGAAAUUGGGAGGUCAAGAAAGAGCAACACCGAAGUUAGUUCUUCAAUUGAUGAACAUUAAAGGGCUUAGCAUCUCCCAUGUCAAAAGCCAUCUUCAAAUGUAUAGAAGCAAGAAGAUCGACGAUCCAAAUCAAGCUGUUUCAGAACAAAGGCUUCGUUAUGAAAGUGAUGAUCAUCAUAUUUACAACCUUAGCCAACUUCCCAUGCUCCAAAGUUUUUCUCAAAAAUCAAUUUCCAAUUUUAGAUAUUCAGAUGGUCUUUGGAGUCACCACACAAACCAAGAUUGCAACCCUUUUAUGGCAAGUGGACUUAGCAAUGGCGUUCAUGGUUCAAGAGUACUUGAGAGAUUAAUCUAUGAAAGGAACAACAACUCAAAUUUAAGAUGCCUCGCAAACAAUAAUAGUGAAGAAUCCCAGUUGAGAUUAUUCGGAGAUCAUUAUGGUUGGUCGAAAGAAAAGCCAAUUCGAAUCAAAACUCAAACGGAUAAUAGAUCAGACAUCAUCGUCAACGAUCAAGACAAAAUGGUACUCAAAAGGAAGGAGAGCAAUCAACAGGAUCAAGAAAAUCAUGAUCUUGAUCUGAAUCUUUCGCUACAAAUGAAAACCCAUGAAAAUGAUGAUUCAAGAAACAAUGAGGUCAAUGAGAGCGAGUGUGCGUUAUCAUUGUUUUCGUCAAUUUCAACGAAAAGCCCUAGUAACAUUAGAAGAUCAAAGCAUGCAAAAACAGUGGGAGGUAGUACUAGUACAAGCCUAGAUCUGACUUUGUGAAAGAAACAAAAUAACUGUUCAAGUAAGAUUCUGAAGGUACUAUAAUAAUAUAUAUUGUUACAAAACAAAUUUAUAUUGCAGGUUGUUUCUCAGCCUAGGUAUUCUACUACUAACAAUGCCGUACUUUUAUCGGUUGUCAUCAGUUCAAGUCAACCCAAAGUAUGAACUAAUGAUCCUACUAUUAUAGGACAUUAAUUAAAUGUGGUCAUGUUAUUGAUCGAUUAACUGAAACACUAUAUUUAGUUGAUAAGUUAAGUUUUGUAAAAAUUUGGUGUGUUACCGGGUAAUACUUGAGCAUUUUAUAACGGUCUUGUGUUCAAAUAUUGAGAGUUUCAAUUACCCUCAUCACAUAUUUUUUUUAAAGGGGC